GUGUCAACUAGGGUUAUUGGUUCAACGCGCUUCCCCUGUCGCCCAUUUUCCAUCUCCACUUGCCGCAAUCCUCUUUUGAGCAGCGACCGGCGGCCACCAGCGACCGGCGGCCACCUGCGACGAACGCUAUGGAUCAACAGAACCAUCAGUUAUGGGUCAAUGGUCAAGAAAGAGCUAUGCAGUGUGCCGUUAUUGUUAAGUCGAUCCAGGUCAAGAAAGAGCUAGGAAAAAGAAAGUCUAUUGACCCCAUCUCUGAGUACAAUCAUUGCGCUGGUUUUAUUGUUGAAACUAAAGGGCCUGAGGCGUAUAUUGCCGUUCAUGAAUCUCAAAUCGACCUGGUUAAUACAUUCUAUGUCUCUUUUGCUGGUGGUGACUUCAAGCUUGCCACAGUUCUUCUAAAAAAAACAGACUGCCAGUUUGUUAUUUUGGGUGCUUCGCUUGAAGGUGAAUUUCGCAAAGUUCGAACUAAGAAGAUGUUUGAUAGAGGUGAUCUAUUAAUGCUAUCAGCCGGUGUUGACAACCUGGUUCCUUUAUACACCUCUAUCAUCAACCCGAACACUGAAUGUGUCAGUGUACAUGACUUGCACACUAUCGCGGGAGGAAGCGAUGAUGUGUUCACUUUUGGUGGUUAUACAGGCGAUGUGGUAGACAUACUGGGAGCACCAUUAUUUGCUAGAGACGGUUAUCUCGUCGGCACAGUAUUUGGCGACGAGAGUACCCUCCCAGAGCAUCAUCCAGAAGGGGAAUUCUGUCUAGAUUUGAAAUAUGCUCUAAAAGCUUGGUGUUUUCUCAAUGAAUUGAAGAACGAGAUAAAGGGAAAGCUGGAGCCAAAGGGGAACAAGCCAAGGAACAACCGAAGGCGGUAGCUGCAACAGUGCUUGCUGUUUUGCCCCAAGGAGGCAUUACAAGUUCUUGUUGGCCGUGUGUGCCUGUAUGCUCUCCUCUCAAAUCCCGCAAAACAAGAAUUUGGCUCAAUGAUUUGGUCUUUCUAGACAUGGAUUAGUAAUAUGUUUGUAACGUCUGAAUGUUCGUGACUUCUGAGCUGCAUGCUUCAGUGCAAAAAUUUGCAUCAGCACCUUUUCUUGAUACAAUGUUCUGAACAAAUUAUUAUUUAUGCUUGCUGAUUACUAUGA